AUUGUUUUAUCACUAAAAAUACAGUAAAAUUACAGUCAUGCUUGCUCUUUUUGUUUGCAAAUGCUUAAAUGUAACUCUAGAAAGUGAUAAAGUUGGAGAUGAAUUGGACAUCGCUAAAUUGGAGCUAACACCGACGGAACAAAGGGAUAUUUUUUUCAGCGAGAACUUGGUAUCAUGCUCAAACCAUGGGCUGAAAAUCCAUGUGACCCAGCCAGCUCUGAUCAGCCAGAAAAUAGUAGGCAGGUGUCAGAUUAAUUCCUGCCUUGCUUGUGGCCAAACUACCCAUGCAUUACUUAAUGAUAGGCCCAAUAUUGUGCUUAUCCCCAAGACUCUUCUGACAUCCUUAGAGCGUAUAAACAGCUUGAAGAAAUCCAAAAACUUCUCACCGGUCUUCAAUCUUCUAGUGCCUGAAGUAACAAAUGAUGUUGAGAUGAAAGAGAAUGUGGAUACAAACAAUUUGAUCAUGUCAAAUGACAAAAAAGACUGGAUGCCAACACAUCAAGUGAUUGGCACUCUUAGCAAGCAACUCAGCCAGACCUUGCAGUCUCAGCUGGAGGCUGUAGAAGAAACAGUUAGACAAUUCAGAGACCAGAAAUAUGCAGAAUUUGAAGCCUACAAAGAAAGAGCUCAUAGGGAUCAUAAGAUUUUAGCUAGUAUCGUAAGUAAAGCUCGCCGUAGCUCAGAGAGUGACAGCUGGCGGGUGGAUACGAGUCUGGACAAUGGCCCACCUUCACCGCAACUACCUCCACUACAGAGACGAAGACUGUCCUCCUUCAAAGAUGCCAAAAAAAUGUCAAAUGUGGUGAAACUGAACAAAAAUUUUCCACCAGAAGAGGAUUCCUUAGAAGCAGAAGAUAUUUUUGACUUAGAAGGAACUGAUUCUCACCACAAUAUGGUGUCUGACCAGGAUGAUUAUGAUUCUGAUCAAGGCAGCAACGACGAAGGCAUCCACAUCUCACGAUCUCGGGGCGGCGCCAAAGCAGCGGCAAAUGUCGCGUGCUCGCUACCCAUUAACAUGCCUAACUUCCCUAACGAACAGCGAUACGAACACAGAGAACUAGAUGAUGACGAGGAGCCGCAAGACAUAGCCGCUAGCAUUAAAGCGCUAGCACGCUCGGUGCACGGUGACCAGUUUGAGCUGCCGCGCCCACGCUUCUCCACGCAAAUCUAGUAUGGUGCCAACAGAAACUACGCCCAACAGAAGUUAUGCACUAUCGACUGGUUAUCGGUGAUUGUAUUGUGAGAUAGUAUUAGUGUGUGAUUGAUUACACACGACGUGAUCAGCGAGUUAAGUAAUUCAUAGCCGAAGUGGUGCUAUGAAGCAACUUGUCGGGUCCCCACAGACUAUCACGUCGAUAGUCGAUGCCUAUAUCUGAAGAUCUGCCAUGUAUAUUGUCAGCGAGAAAUCACGUAAUCGAUGAAUAGUCGACAGUGCGCUUGCUCUUAAGGACAAGUCCUGCUCCUCAAAAUUACCUCGAGGUACCUUAUUCGCGGUGUGCAUUGUGAAUGAUUUGGUAUGUGAACAGUGGAACAAGCUACAUGGUGCUCUCAACUAGUGAUUGCAGUGACCCUAAGUUCCCAACAGAUUUCUAGCGGCAGCAGACAUUAGUCAUUCAUAUGGACAGAUACUCAAUACAAACAACAUGUGACAUAUUUUUGUUUUGUGUAUGGUUUUUGUUUAAGUACAAAGUCAGAUUUUUAAUGAUUUUAAUGUAACCUAAUAGUUAUGGUAACAAAUGUAAUUGAAAUAGAGAUUUAGUAUAAGCGAGAGGCUACGAGGAGUUGUUAUUAGCAGACUUAUAAAAUUUGAACCAAAAAACUGUUGUUCUACAGAUUGAUUUGACUGAUAUUUGAUUUAAAUGAUUUAUCGUCGCUGACAUUGCACCAAAGAUGCCAGAUAUUAAUGAAUCAGAAUUAUUAAUUGUUAUGAUAUAUAUUAAUAAUAUCAAUAAAUAUAUGUUGAAUAUGUUUAUUGAUAAUAUUAAUGAAAGUGUACGUUUAAACUGUGUCCCGUGGCUGUAUAUUUGUUGUAUUCAGUAUAGUCAUUAGAUAAUAGUAAUCUCAGUACAGAAUACUAAAAAACCGACCUCAAAAGCACGUGGAAUUACGUCUAUUUGCCAAGUUUUAUUGAAAUAUCCCCUAGUUCGCCACUAU